AUGUCGACACAGAGACGAAAUGCAGCGGCGAACGAGCAAUAUGCAGACAUUGUGCAGAUUUCAAGAUUGCUCGUUUCUAUGCGGGAUGGCAAGCGAGAUCGCGUCAAGAAGCAAUACGGGGCCAUGACCGAAAAGGUGGCAGACUAUGAAACUAUUGAAGGACUUGGUCACCAGAGUGGGCGAUAG